CCCAAUCCCGGUGGUGAUCGGACACAAAGCUUGCACCCUUCCCCAGUACUGCCCGGCCUCAGGGUUGGGGCAGAGCACCAAGCAGCUAGGAUACCUUCCCUGCUGAGCUCAGGCCGCUCCAUCCUCAGUUGCCAGGGAGAUGGGAGGCGGUUGCCACGGAGACGGGAGUGCACAGAUCAGCCAAUCAGAGCGGAGCUGCGGCUCCAUUGGCCUCUGGGAUGGAGGCCUGGGCCCAAAACCGGCUGGGCUGGCCAGGGCGGGGAAGUGUAAAGCCACCCUGGUACCCCCCACCACCAACUCCUGACCCUGCACCUCUAGCUCUGGCAACGCCCCCCGUCUCUCGCUGGCUUGCCUUUAGGGGGCAGCGUGCCAGUGGGUUUGCCGCGGCUUCUUUCUUUAAUGGGAGGCCUGCGGCAGGCAAAGUGGGGAGGGCGCCAGCCACGCGGGCUUUGGUGGGGACAAGGUCGCCGCCCUCUUCCCUUAGCUGCGGUGCUGGUGGCGCCUGCGCACGCUCACUGGGGGCGCCUGGCAGGCGGGGCGUGACGUCACCGCUGACCCCACCCCGCCCCCCGCCCCUCCCCCUCCCAGCCCCGGCCGAGGGGCGGUGGCCACGCAGGCUCUAGUGGACAGACGUGCGGACAGGCGGAGAGCGAGGCACAGACGCACGGCUAGGCCAUGCCCGGGGAAGCUGCCCGCGCAGAGCUGCUGCUGCCGGAGGCGGGAGGUCCGGGGCCCCGCACAGACAUGUCCUGCGAUGCAGCUGCAGCCACGACCCUAAGAGGAGACCCACUGGAGCACUGCAUCCUGGCCCCCAGGCCCAGCCCCCUGGCUCUUGCCUUCCUCCCCAGCAAGCCAGGCACCCGGCCUCCUCCUGAGGGAGCCAGCUGGGACACAGGGCCGGGCAGCACUCCCCUGGCCUGGGCAGGCCCUGCAGAGGCUGUGCCCAGCCCAAGGGCCCCUCAGAUCCUGCCUGCUGAGGGUCUUCUGGCGGCCACCCUGGAGCCCCGGAUUGUGAUGGGCGAGGAGACGCACUGGGUCUCCAGACCAGCCAAGGCAGCCCUGGCCGAGCUCAGGGACCAGGAGGGGGGCCCCUCUAACCUGAGCUUGCCCCCUGAGUUAUAUUCUCAGGGUGCCUCUCCUGUGCCUUUCCCAGCCCUGGAGCCGGACUCCUAUUUUACACCUCCCUCCACGCCCUCUGAGGCCCAGCCCACCCCACUCCCAGGCCCCCAUGGGGAGGCCCAGGAUUCCCCUCCUACUUCACCCUCCGGCUCCUACUUCACAGCAGAUGGGGACAGCUGGACCUCCUCCCCAUCCUGCUCGCUGAGCCUGCUGGCCCCAGCUGAAGGGCUGGACAUGCCCUCAGGGUGGGGCUUCUCACCCACAGGGUCCGUGGCAGAGGAGUGGGAGCUGUCUGCCGAUGGGCCUCGGAGCACUCCCUCCCCUGACUCUAGCCUCUCAGCCGACAGCAGCUCCUCCUGGAGCCAGGAGGGCCACUUCUUUGACCUGGACUUCUUGGCUAAUGACCCCAUGAUCCCCGCUGCCCUCCUGCCCUUCCAGGGCAGCCUUAUCUUCCAAGUGGACACUGUAGAGGUGACUCCACGGCACCCAGAGCAGGAGGAAGAAGAGGAGGAGGAGGAAGAAGAGGAGGAGGAGGAAGAAGAGGAGGGGGAGGAAGAAGAGGAGGGGGAGGGUGGGCAGGAGGACAGCCGCCCUGUUGGAGGAGACCUAGCUGGGGAGGGCGAGGACGAUAGCACCUUUGCCUCUUCCCUGCAGUCGCUAUCAGACCUGUCCAUCACUGAGGGCAUGGACGAGGCCUUCGCCUUCCGGGAUGAUGCCUCGGCUGCCUCCUCAGACCCUGACUCUGCCUCUGCCUCCUACACAGGCGCAGAUGAUGAGAGGCUGUACAGUGGGGAGCCCCACGCCCAGCCAACCAGCCUACUUCCCAACAGCUGCGGGGAGGCCUCAGCCUGGGGCCUGGGCCUGGGUCAGGGGGCACCCAGCUGCACCCCUGAGAGUCCUGAGCCCAGUGCAAAGGUAACCAAGGUGGACCCCACUGCUGCUGAGGCCCCCGAGAGCUCCCAGGAAGCCCCAAGCCUCCCUGAAGUGAUCCCUCAGGCCUGGAAGGAAGAGACAGGUCCAGCUGGGGGACCCAAGCCUGAAGCCACAGCUGUACUUCAGACCCUAUUAGGCCAGGGGUCUCGGACAAAACUGGAAGAAGUGUGCUUCAAGCCAGACCUGGAUUUUCCAGAGGACCCGAAGGCAGAAGCAUGCACAGGGCCUGAGCCCCUGCUGGGAAAGAUAGACCUCAUGGGACUCCAGGCUGCCAGGGCCACACCCCUAGAGGAACCUUCCACUGCAGCCUCACAGAGAGACACAGGCUGCACCUCAGGGUCCCAGCUUGCAGCCCCUCUGGUCGCACAAGAAGAAGCAGGGGCUGAGGAUCCCAGAGGAGAACCCAUAGAGCGGGCUGAAGUCUGUGCCGGAGGAGGCUUGCAGUCUCUGGCGCUGGACCAGGCUCAACCAGGUGACCCAGAGUUGGCUGCAGAGGCAAACAAACCAGGGGCCUCAGGGGGAGCUGAAGGGCCCCCCGAGCCUGCCUCUGGUGAGCAGGAAGUAGCCUGGGGUCUGCUGGCGCCCAAGCAGGAAGCCUGCCCUACCAUCCAGGUACCCGGAGGUGAUGGCAAUGGAGCUGAGCCCCACUCAAAGCAGGCCCCAGGAGCCGAGAGCCAGGGCUGGGCAAUCCUACAGCCCCUGACCCAGAGUGCCAGGGAUGAGCCCCAGAGCUGCAGCCCAAAGGCACAUCCUACCCCCCACCCUGAGGUCAGCAACCCAGAUGUGACCCCUAUCCCCCACCCUGAGGUCAGCAGCCUAGAGGAGACCCCUACUCCCCACCCUAAGGUCAGCAGCCUAGAGGAAACCCCUACUCCUCACUCUGAUGUCAGCAUCCCAGAGGAGACCCCUACCCCUCACCCUGAGGUCAGCAGCCCAGAGGAGACCCCAACCCCCCGCCCUAACGUCAGCAGCCUAGAGAACCCCCCAGCCCCCCACCCUGAGAUCAGCAGCCUAGAAGAAACCCCUACCCCUCGCCCUGAGGUCAGCAGCCCAGAGGAGACCCCUACCCCUCACCCUGAGGUCAGUAGCCCAGAGGAAACCCCUACCCCUCUCUCUGAUGUCAGCAACCCAGAGGAGACCCCUACCGCCCACCCUGAGGUCAGCAGCCCAGAGACCCCUAUCCCCCGCCCUAACGUCAGCAGCCUAGAGAAACCCCCAGCCCCCCACCCUGAGGUCAGCAGCCUAGAAGAAACCCCUACCCCUCACCCUGAGGUCAGCAGCCCAGAGGAGAACCCUACCCCUCACCCUGAGGUCAGCAGCCCAGAGGAAACCCCUACCCCUCACUCUGAUGUCAGCAACCCAGAGGAGACCCCUACCCCCCACCCUAACGUCAGCAGCCUAGAGAAACCCCCAGCCCCCCACCCUGAGGUCAGCAGCCUAGAAGAAACCCCUACCCCUCACCCUGAGGUCAGCAGCCCAGAGGAGAACCCUACCCCUCACCCUGAGGUCAGCAGCCCAGAGGAGACCCCUACCCUCUGCCCUAAGGUCAGCAGCCUAGAGAACCCCGCAGCCCCCUAUGCUGGGGUCAGCAACCUAGAGGAGACCCCUACCCCCAACCCUGAGGUCAGCAGCCUAGAGAACCCCCCAGCCCCCCACCCUGAGGUCAGCAACCCAGAGGAAACCCCUACCCCUCACUCUGAGGUCUGCAGCCCAGAGGAAACCCCUACCCCUCACCCUGAGGUCAGCAGCCCAGAGGAGACCCCUACCCCCCACCCAGAGAUCAGCAGCCUAGAGAACCCCCCAGCCCCCCACCCUGAGGUCAGCAACCCAGAGGAAACCCCUACCCCUCACUCUGAGGUCUGCAGCCCAGAGGAAACCCCUACCCCUCACCCUGAAGUCAGCAGCCCAGAGGAGACCCCUACCCCCCACCCAGAGAUCAGCAGCCUAGAAAACCCCCCAGCCCCCCAGCCCGAGGUCAGCAGCCCAAAAGAACCCCCUGACCCUCAACCAGAGGGCCCCCAUGCAGUCAGGCAGGCACAGCACCCCAGCCCAGCAAAGGACAAGGCCACCCUGGGGCCCAGGCUUCCUGAAGCAGCCACCUCUGAGACUUGCCCAUAUCCCUCCCCAGAGCCACUCAGGGCUAUUCCCACAUUAAGCAAGGGCUGCCCAAGUGAGACUGCCCCCCCAUCUCCACUGCCCACCCAGAAUCCGGGGCCUUUGCUAGACCCAGGCUGCACAAAGGGGGCCCAGGAUGCACCCAAGCGCCUCAGCCUCUCCCCACCACUGCCCCCAGAUAGCCCACAGCUCUCUGCUCCUGGGGUCCCCACAGGAGCAGCCCUGCCCCCCAAAAUGCCCCCUGCACCCCCAGUUUGCCAGAGCCCCCAGGAAGACUUGGAGGGUGAGGAGCCCCAGGGCUCACUUGGGGCAGGGGCCCAGCAGACUAAAGCCGCCUCCUCAGGAACCUCGAGGUCCCCCAGGGCCAGGCCACAGGGCAACAUCCCCCCUACCCCCCCGCUCCUCAGCCUCAAGACGGCCUCCCUGGGGGACCCCCAUGCCAAAGACUCAGCCCCUCGCAUCUCAGCCCGUCAAGUGCCUCCUGGCUCUGGGCCCCAGAGCCCAGCCAGCCCUUGCAGGCCCUCUGCCACGCAGCAACUGGAUGAGGACAGCCUGGAGGAAGACUCCCCACAGGCCCCAGCCUCAGGCCAGCACUCAGACAGCCAUGGGGACUCAUCAGCAGAGCUGGAGGAGCAGGAUCUAUCGGGCUCACAGACGGCACGGUGCCCAUCCCAGGCCCCAGCAGGCAGCAGUGGCAUCAGCGAGGAGACCAUGGCCAAAGCAAAGCAGAGCCGCAGUGAGAAGAAGGCCCGCAAGGUAGGCAGGAGGGCUGGGUGGCAGCUGAGGGCUCCUGUGGCACCCGAAACAAGUGGGCAGGUGGAGGGUUCCCAUGGGCCUACUGACGCUCCAUGCCCCCAGGCCAUGUCCAAGCUGGGCCUGCGGCAGAUCCAAGGCGUAACCAGAAUCACCAUCCAGAAGUCCAAGAACAUCCUGUUUGUCAUCAGCAAGCCUGAUGUCUUCAAGAGCCCAGCCUCAGACACCUAUGUAGUGUUUGGGGAGGCCAAGAUCGAGGACCUGUCCCAGCAAGCACACCGAGCUGCAGCUGAGAAAUUCAAGGUGCCUGCAGAGCCCUCAAGCCUGGUCCCUGAGUCCACGCCAGGGCCCUGGGUAGGGCAUGAGUGUGAGGAGGAGGAAGAUGAGGAGGAGGAGAAGGUGGAUGAGGCCGGGCUGGAGCUGCGUGACAUUGAGCUAGUGAUGGCACAGGCCAGUGUGUCUCGGGCCAAGGCCGUGCGGGCCCUGAGAGAUAACCAGAGUGACAUCGUCAAUGCCAUCAUGGAGCUGACCAUGUAGCCUCAGGUGGGCGCUGCCCCUCACCCUGGCCCUGCUGCUCAGUGAAAGGUGUCAGCCAGCUGCCUGCCUGCCUGCCCUGCUGUUUCUGCAGGCUAUCCACAAGACAAGACAGGAUGUGGAAGCGACCCAAGCCCCCAGGGAUAGGGUGGGCCCUCCCUAUGUCCCUGAGGGCAGCCAUCUUUGAGCCCCGUCGAGCUGUGGUAUCUGAAUCCAGGACAAGGGAUCCAUCCUGUGGAUGCAGUUGCUUGGCCACUUGUGGGCCCAGGAGUGGGCUCAGGAUAACUAGGGCUGGAGAAGCCACCUGCUUAGGAGGACAUGCAGACAGUACCCCAAACUACUUAUUAUAAUAAUAACUAUUAUUGUUAUCAUG